AUGGAGAAGCUCCAUAAGCUCCUCACGCUUAUUGUUGGAGAGUCAACCGAAUCAUCAGGGCCUGAACGUCAUCAGACAUUGAAAGUGGAAGCAAAGAGCCCUGUUCAAAGUGGGGAGAAACAGUUCAUGUGUUCCGAGUGUGGACGAGGUUUUACCCGAUCAUCUGACCUUUCAAAACACAAGCACAAUCACGCUGGGGAGAAGCCUUGGAAAUGUGGGGACUGUGGAAAGGGAUUUAGUUACCCAUCAGAGCUGGAAAUUCAUUGGUGUAUUCACACCGGGGAGAGGCUGUUCACCUGCUUGGUGUGUGGGAAAGGAUUCACUCAGUCAUCCCAACUUCUGAGACACCAGCGAGUUCACUUUGGAGAAAGGCCUUUCACCUGUACUCAAUGUGGGAAGCGAUUUCAUGCUUUUUCACAUCUUUUGUCAGACUCUUGCGUUCACACCAAUGAGGGAUUGUUUAAAUGUUCUGACUGUGAGAAGAGAUUUAAAAACACAAGGGAUUUGCUGAGACACCAACCCAGUCGCCCCGGUGAGAGGCUGUUUAGCUGUACCAUACGUGGGAAACGAUUCACUAAUUCAUCCCAGCUCUCUGAACACCAGCGAGUUCACACUGGGGAGAAACCAUUCAUCUGCUCUGAGUGUGAGAUGCGAUUCAUUUGGUCAAGCAGCCUCAUUUCACACCGACUAAUUCACACUGAUAAGAGAUCAUUUAAAUGUUCUGUGACAAGAGCUUUAAAUGCAAAAGGGAACUGCUGAGGCACUCACACUGGGAAGAGGCCAUUCACCUGCUUUGCAUGUGGGAUGGAAUUCACUGUCUCCUGCAACCUGCUGAAACAUCAGCGCACUCACACUGGGGAGAGGCUGUUUGUCUCCCCAUGUGUGGGAAGGGAUUCAUUCAGUUAUCGUAACUCAAUAAACAUCAGCUGUUCACACUGAUAAGAGACCAUUUAAAUGUUCUGAUUGUGGAAAGAGUUUUAAAAACAUAAAUAACCUGCUAACACACCAGCGCAUUCGCACUGGGGAGAGGCCAUUCAGCUGUUCUGUAUGUGGGAAACAAUUCAUUAAUCCAUCCCACCUCACUGAACAUCAUUGAGUUCACACUGGGGAGAGGGCAUUCACCUGCUCCCUGUGUGGGAAGGGUUUCACUUGGAUAAGCGCCCUGAUUUCACAUCAACUUGUUCACGCUGUUAAGAGACCAUUUAAAUGCUCUGACUGUGAAAAGAGUUUUAAAUGCAAAAUGGAACUGCUGAGACAUGUGCGCAGUCACACUGGAGAGAGGCCAUUCCCUUGCUCUGUGUGUGGGAAGGGAUUCACUGACUCAUCCGGUCUUCUGUAACACCAGUGUAUUCACACUGGGCAGAGGCCUUUCAUAUGCUCCGUGUGUGAGAAGCGAUUUAAUCUAUCAUCCACCCUGCUGAGACACCAGCGAAUUCACGAGUGACUGCAGGGAUUAGGUUCUGCUGUUAUUUCUGCUGCAUUCUCACAGUUGGGGUUUGUUGCUGCUGAUGUUAAUAACUGGGCUGAAGUUGAAUACUCAUAUACAUUUAAUCUGCAUGUUGUAUAAAGUAAAGCGGGAAGGGUCACUUUCUAAAAAGCUUACUUCCAGUAAUGGAAGCUACCAUGAAUGUGGUGAA